AUGGUCAAAAAAAGUAAGACUAUCUCGAGAGAUGACAAAAAGGUGAAACGUGAACAGGCCGAGAAGCAACUAAAGGAAAUAAAACAACGAGUGCAAGAUCUUACAAGUGAAGAAUAUAAAACCUUUGAAAGGUUCAAGGAACUUCCAUUGACCGCUGAUAUCUUACGGGGACUUGAUCGUUCUGGAUUCCACAGCUUGACUGAAAUUCAGAAACUGGCAAUACCUGAAUGUCUGAAAGGAAAUGACGUUCUAGCAGCUGCAAAAACUGGAUCAGGCAAAACUUUGGCUUUUCUAGUGCCUGUUGUGCAAAAACUUGUGUUCGAAAACUGGAGUGAUAUGGAUGGCCUAGGAGCACUGAUAAUUACACCAACAAGAGAGUUAGCUGUGCAAAUUUAUGAAGUCUUACUAAAAAUUGGUAAAUAUACCCAAUUAAGUGCCGGGUUAGUUAUUGGAGGUAAAGAUUAUAGUUUUGAAAAAGAACGUGUGGGGCGUGUUAACAUUUUGAUCGGUACUCCGGGAAGGUUGCUGCAACAUAUGGAUGAAAGCGCUACUUUACAAACUGAUAAUGUUCAAAUGCUUGUCCUCGAUGAAGCAGACAGGAUCUUGGACAUGGGUUUCAAAAAGACAUUGGAUGCAAUCUUAGGGCAAUUACCUGCAGGUAGACAAACUUUACUUUUCUCUGCAACACAGACUAAAAGUGUAGGUGACUUGGCAAGGUUAUCAAUGGUGAACCCCAAGUAUGUCAAUGGAAACUUGGCAAACGGUGGUAUUGGCGGAGAGGAACUAUCAUUACCGGAAAGUUUGGAACAGAGUUAUGUUGUUGUUCCAUUGAACGAAAAAUUAAGUUUGCUUUGGAGUUUCCUUAAAUCUCACUUGCAGGCGAAAAUAUUGGUUUUCGUGAGCUCAUCAAAACAGGUCCAUUUCAUAUAUGAGACUUUCAGGAAGUUACAACCUGGUAUACCGCUUAUGAAACUUCACGGUCGUCAAAAACAAAAAGCCAGAUUAGAGACAUCUAUGAAAUUCACACAGAGUAAAAAUUGUUGCUUGAUUGCUACUGAUGUUGUGGCACGUGGUCUAGAUUUCCCAGCCAUUGACUGGGUUAUCCAAUUGGAUUGUCCUGAAGAUGUCUCCACUUAUGUUCACCGUGUCGGUCGUUGUGCACGUUUUGGCCGUCAAGGAAAAUCCAUGCUUGUCCUUUUACCUAAUGAAGAAGAGGGUUUUAUUUCGCAAAUGAGUGCAAAGAAAAUUGAGAUUAAAAAACUUAAUAUCAAAGGUUCCAAGAAGAAAAAUAUACAGUCACAAAUUCAAAGUUUGUGCUUCAAUAGUGCAGAACUCAAAUAUCUCGCACAAAAAGCAUUUAUAUCAUACUGUAAAAGUGUGAUUAUUCAAAAAAAUAAAUCUGUUUUUAAGAUUGACGAAUUACCCUUAGAUUUAUUCGCAUCCAGCUAUGGUUUGCCGGGUAUGCCAAAACUAAGGUUACCUAAGAAGGUAGAUGAUGAAAGUAGGAUGAAGCUCAAAGAAAAGAAGAAUGAAAACAGAAAACUUAAGUCACUUUCAAAUGCGAAUGACGAAGGAGAAAUUGAGGAUCAGACCAAGAAAGUUAGAACUAAAUACGAUAAAAUGUUUGAAAGAAAGAAUCAAGAUGUUCUCAGUGAGCACUAUAUGCAACUUAACCCAGGACUGGGUGGUAAAAUGUCAAACACUUCAGAUGAUGACGAUGAUGACGAAGAAUUCAUGAAAGUGAAACGCCAUGACGAUGAGGUGAAAACUGCAGAUUUGCCAGAACUUGAGCUAAAUUCCUCCAAAAGGGCGAUGAAGAAGGCUUUGUCAAGAAAGCUCACUGCAAUGAAGGGUGACAAAGGAGCGAAACUAGUGUUUGAUGAGGAUGGUAAAGCCCACCCAGUGUAUGAACUAGAUGACGAAGAAACUUUCCUCAAAGAGGGUCCUUCUAAGGUCCAUUCUGAAUUCUUAUCUACCGAAAGAGAAAAAAUGACAAAGGCAGAUGAGAUUGAUAAAGGUGUCGUCAGAGAUAAACGUGCUGAGAAAAAACGUAGAAGAAAAGAACUCGAAAAACAACUUGAAGGAGACUCUGAUGAUAGCGAAGGUCCAUAUGUGGCUACUCUCGGUGCCUUAGCUAGUGGUGAUGAGAACGCUGAUAAUUAUGAGAGUGAUGAGUAUGGUGAAGGGGUUCCUGAUUUGGAAAAUGAUCUGGAAGACAGCGAAGGCGAAGAUGAUGUUCAACCAGAAAAGAAGAAGCAGAAAAAAUGGUUCGAUUCUGACAAGUACAAAGAUAGGGAUUCCAAGGAUGCAGGAGUGUUUGAAAUUGAACAGCCUGAAACAACUGAAGACUUGGAAGCUUUGGCUGCUAAGUUGAUGAACUAG